AGAUGUCAAACUGGUAUUUGAACUAAACUCGAAAGAAGUGCUAUAAUCCAAACAAAACGAUAAAAUAUUUAUUUAAUUUCUCAAUUAAAAAUUAAAUAAUUAUAAAAUAUUGCAACUGAAACAUGAAACUCGGUUGUAAAAGCAUAUUUACAGUGUUGUCAAAGCAUUCAAUAAAAUCCCGAUCAUUUCACGAUGUCCGAGUCCGUUUUGCACCUAGUCCAACAGGAUAUCUUCAUCUUGGCGGGCUUCGCACAGCAUUGUACAAUUACUUGUUCGCCUUGAAGAACAAAGGUAAAUUCAUUCUCAGAAUUGAAGAUACCGAUCAAAGCCGGCUUGUCGCCGAUGCUUCCAAGUCAAUUAUUGAAGAUCUAAGAUGGUCGGGUAUUGUUAUUGACGAAGGUCCUAUAGUUGGUGGAAACUUUGGUCCAUAUAUCCAAAGUGAACGUUUACAUAUUUAUAAUGAUGCAAUCCAACAAUUACUUGGAGAUGGUUCAGCAUACCGGUGUUAUUGUUCGGAGACUAGACUUGAUUUAUUGCGUAAAGAAGCUCUUAAACAAAGACAAAUACCAAAAUACGACAACAAAUGUCGUCAUCUUACGCUAUCCGAAAUCAAAGAGAAACAAUCCAACAAAGUUCCAUACUGUAUACGUUUUAAAUUAGAAGACUUUAACGAUCCUGUUGAGGAUUUAGUUUAUGGAAAUGUUUUUGUGAAUAGCAGUAAGCAUGAAGGUGAUCCUGUGAUUAUAAAAUCUGAUGGAUUUCCGACAUAUCAUUUUGCAAAUGUCGUUGAUGAUCAUCACAUGAAAGUUUCUCAUGUUUUUCGUGGUGUUGAAUGGCAAACUUCAACUCCAAAGCAUUUACUGCUUUACAAAGCAUUUGGUUGGAAUCCUCCAAAGUACGGCCAUUUACCUCUAUUGAUUAAUGCUGACGGUACUAAAUUAAGCAAGCGCCAAGGUGAUAUAAGCAUAAACAAAUUUCGAGAUAGUGGUAUUUAUCCUCUAGCCUUAGCCAAUUAUGUGAUGUGUGCCGGAGGAGGGUUUCAAAAGGAACAAUCCCUUAAACCUACAUUAGAAACGUUAGAAUCGCUCUCGAAGAUGUUUAAUAUAGAAAACCUAAACUCACAUCCUGGUAGAUUAAAUCCCGAUUUAUUAAACGAUUUCAACAAUUUAGAAAUCAGAAGAAAACUUUCAAAUGAAAACGAAACAGAUGAGUUAGUUGAAAUAGUUCGAAGUAUGGUGCGUUCGAAAUAUCCAGAGAGAAAUAUCGAUCUUGAUGCAUCUUAUACAAAGAACAUCUUAAAUUGGUCGGCGCAGAGGCUGUCAACUUUAUCCGACCUAACAUCAGAGAAUUUCAAUUUUCUUUGGACUGAUGGCAAUGUUGUGAAUUCAACCGAAUUAUCGAAGGAUCAGAUAGAUGAACUCAUAGGCAGUUUGGACAAAAUAGAGUUUACAAAGAAAAAUAUACAAACAACAUUAAAAUCAUAUUCAGGGAAAACGCAAAUUAAAUUUCCAGUUUUGAUGAAAACACUGCGCACAUCUCUAAGUGGACUUAAGGAAGGUCCAGGUGUUGCAGAAGUAAUGGAAAUUUUUGGAAAAGAAGAAUCACUGCGGAGAAUACGAUCUAAUUUAAAUUCCAGUAAUGCUUGAGUGUAAAUAAAACAAAAAAACAAUUACAGAAUGAUUUCGAAAUCAUAUCGUUAAGUUUUGAAAAAUGGAAAACAAUUUAA